GCCAUCGACGCAAGCUCGAGCGACGACGCCAGCGACACCAGGCCGCUCUUGAAGCGCCGUGAUCAGGAUCCUGAUCAUACUGCUGGCCCGCAGCAGAACAUCCAGAAGGAUGGCGCGGCUUCCAGCUCGUGGCAGCACGACGCCCAGAUGCCAGCAGGCUACAGCCAGGCGGCAGCGGCGGAGGCCUCGGAGAUCGACGACGUUCCA